AGGCAGGAUGGAUGAGAAGAGCAAGAGUAGAUUCUGGGGGCAGAAAUAAUGAGUAGAGAAAGGCAGGGAAGACAAGAGGGAGAAGGAGAAGCUGGGCAGCAAGGAGGAGGCAGAGAAGACCACAGAGAGAUAAGCAACGGGAAGACUGCUGGGAGGAUCACUGGGCACCACUGGGUACCUUCCAUCACUUCUUUUCACAGAUGAAGACAUUGAAAACCCAAGUGUAGACUUCAUUUCUCUAAGGCAAAGAGCUACUAACUUUUCCAGUCAGGUCGCAGGCUUCAGAUUUAGUCUUUCCACAGCAGUGGGUACAAUAACGGAGAUCAGGAGGGUGGAGGCAAGAGUAGGGAGAAAAUCUGGAAGCCAGAUAUUUGGGGGAGGGGAAGAGCAGGAGGGCAGCAUAAGUGAGAGCUGGAGGGGAAAUGAGAGAUGCUGUGGGAGGCCUGUGGCUCAGGGAGGUAGUGGAGUUUCUCUGACAGGGAAGUGGGCAGAAGGAGACGUUGUCUGUGCAGCAAGGGAAGUCAGAUGGGAGUGGGAGAAGGCGAGGGGAGGAGAGCUGGUAUGUGACCUGUGAGGGCAGCUUGUCCUACUAGGUGACCUUCACCUCACAGAGUCUCAAUGCUGCUCCUGCUGCUCCUGCUCUUUGAGGGAGUCCUCUGCCCUGGUGAAAGCACAGCAGAUCCCCAGGCCCCAGGACCCCCUCAUCCAGCAGGAGAAGAGCCCCUCAACUUCCGCGUGAUCCAGAUCUUCUCCUUUGCAAACCACAGCUGGGCACACACCCAGGGCUCAGGCUGGCUGGGUGAGCUGCAGACACAUGGCUGGGACAGCGUCUUGGGCACCAUCCGAUUUCUGUGGCCCUGGUCCCAGGGAAACUUCAGCAAGGAGGAGCUGAAGAAUCUCCAGGCUUUAUUCCAGUUGUACUUUCAUGGUUUCACCCGGGAAGUGCAAGCCUUUGCCGGCCAGUUUCAGUUUGAAUAUCCCUUUGAGCUUCAGAUAUCAGCUGGCUGUAGAAUACGUGCUGGGGAAGCCUCAGAAAGCUUCUUUAAAGGGGCGUAUCAAGGAACAGAUUUCCUGAGUCUCCAAGGGAAUUCCUGGCAGCCGUCUCCAGGAGCAGGGAGUCGGGCCCAGAAUGUCUGCAGGGUGCUCAAUCGCUACAGAGAUAUUAAAGAAAUAGUGCAGGGCCUUCUCAGUAACACUUGCCCUCGAUUCCUGGCAGGCCUCCUUGAAGCAGGAAAGGCAGAACUGGAAAGGCAAGUGAAGCCAGAAGCUUGGGUGUCCAAAGGUACUACUCCUAGUCCUGGCCAUCUGCUGCUGGUGUGCCACAUCUCCGGCUUCCAUCCGAAGCCUGUGUGGGUGAUGUGGAUGCGGGGGGAGCAGGAGCAGCCGGGAACUCGGCAAGGUGAUGUCCUGCCCAAUGCUGACGGGACCUGGUAUCUCCGAGUAACCUUGGACGUGGCAACUGGGGAAACAACUGGUCUAUAUUGCCGAGUGAAGCACAGCAGUCUUGGAGGUCAUGAUAUAAUCAUCCACUGGGAUGGAUACUCCAUACUCCUGAUACUGAUCUGUUUGACUGUCACAGUUACACUGAUCAUGCUGAUUGUCCUUGAAUUUUGGUUUAAAAAGCAGAGCUCAAGUUGUUACAUCCUCUUUCGCCUUGUGCCUGACCUUGCCAUGGGAGCCGACACCCAGGACCCCAGGGGUUCAGCACAUCAGCUCUGCUCAGCCCAGGAAUCAUGGGCCAAAAACAGAUACUUGAAGAAGUGGAAAACAAGCCUGAGCCAACUCUAGUGACAUUAGUUUGAUCUUCUUUAUAAAAUCCUUGUCCAGUUUUGCUUAACCGUAGAUCAGACCCAUAACCAAAGCAUGUGCUGUUAAAACGCUUUUCCUGGCAGAGAUCCUGAGCCUUUAGAAGUCUUUUUUUUUUUUUUUUAAACUAUCUGCUAGCAAUAGGUUUUCUGCUUUGGCCAUAUGUUCAUCACUAUUGAUCCCUCGUUGAUACCUGUUUGUAAUUCAGAUUCCUCUUUCUCCAGGAAGUGUCCCUGGAUUGCCCAACUGCAAGCUUUUUUGUAUUCCCAUGAUUGAAUUUAUCUUGCUUAAGGUGCUCAUCUCUUCCUUCUCUGAGUGGUAGUUAUUUGGGCUUUAGCGCUUCUAUUUUUUCUCAGUUGCUUGAGAGAAGGAUUCACCUGUUCGUAUCUGUAUCCAUGACCAAAAGCCUAGAAUUCAGGGCUGGCUUCAUGGGCAUGUGACCUGUGCAGUAACACAGGCCCCCUUGAUUAGAAGGGCCUCCUGUUUGGUUUAAGGCUCUCUUGCUGCUGUCUUAACAUUCUUAGUAAUACCCAAACAAGAGGCACUUCAUUUUCAUUUUUCACUGGUCCCAUGAAUUAUGCAGCUAGUUCUGCUUAAUGUAAUAUUUCUCAGUCAAUCCUGGCUGCAAUAAAUUUAUCAUCAGGGAAAGUGAUGUUGCUUUGAUUCAUUCCCUCUUUGAUAUUUCUACCUCAUUUGACUGUGCUCUUCUGAAAACGCUUCCUCUCUCCCCUUGCUUCCCACCAAAGGUGAAGGAGGCAGGUGAGUGCCUCAGAUCCACAGUGAUUCAGUUGUUCGUCAUCUUCAGAGAUAGCUAAAGGAAAUAAUAACACAUGAAAUGUUUCCUGUCAGAGUGAGGCUGGGGUUGGGCUGGCAUUCUUGUUUCCCUGAGAUUCUGUGAGUCUGUGUGUGUCUGUGGAUGUGCCUAUGCAGGGGAGGGAUUCACAUACUGAGCAGUUAGAAAGAGAACAUGUGUGCUGACCGUAAGUUUUGAUGGGCAGAGCCAAGGUAAUAAAGGAAAAGAGUGAUCAGAUAGCAUGUAAACUACGUGUUUACUUUUCUUUGUUAUUUUGGAUGAUGAUAAUGUUUGUUUUCGCCUUAGUUUUUUAUACGGAUUAUUAAAUUAUCUAAUUCCUUUAAUUAAGAUACAUUUAAUUGGGACUAUUGGAAAGCAGGGAGCUGCUAAGUUACAAAGCUCACACCAACCCCGUCCUGGGAUGGAUAAUCAAGCAGAUUAUAUAGAUUUCUUAGUGGAAAUUUAUAACUCCUUAUAAGGCAUUUUCAAGUUAAUAGAUGGGGUCCUGUGAUCACUUACCCACUGCACCUUUGCCCUUCCAUUGUUGAGAGUCCACCACCUUCUGCACGACAUGUUCAGACAAUCUAUCUAGAGGCAGGACACUAGAGUCCAGAAAGGAAGGAGAAUGUCAAGGGGUUAUUUGGAGCAAAAAGUGAUGAAAGUCAAAGUUCCAUCACACGGAGAAGGCCAUGUGGCCUCAGUAAGGUUCCUUCAAUUUCUGGCAUGGGUGUGUAUUGCAAAUAUAUUUCCCAUGUUUCCCCACUGAAUGGACUUUUCUCCAUGGCUCUGUUGUUUUGAUCACCAUAAUUCUUAACUUGAACUGAGUUCAAAUUAACUUCUCUAACCUCAUUCCCAAUCUUUCCCCCAUUCUACAUUAUGCUUUCUGGCACUGGACUUCUUUCUUUCUCUCUAAUAUGCCAAGCUUCUUCCCACCUCAGGACCAUUAUAUUUACUUUUCCCUCUGCCUGGAACAUUCUUCCCCCAGGUCUCCUGUGGCCCAUUUCUUGGUACCUUUCAGCUCUUAGCUUGGGUGCCACCUCUAUAGAGAUGCCUUUCCUGAUUCGUUUAGCUAAAGUAGCACACUCCAUAUUUCUACAGCGAUUUUCCGAAAACUACAGCUUCCUAAACACAAUGCCUUAAUGCUAUCCUAAUUCUAUUAAGUAGGAUAAGGUAUUGCAGUUUUAAGUACCUGCUAGGAAUAAGGUACUAAUAAGGUACUAUAGUUGAAAUGUGGGUAUAUGUUUCAGUGAGACACAUGUCCCCAGGGAGAAGUGGAUCUGGGCUGCCUGCACAUACACACUUCUUCCCAUACAGUUUUCAUAGAGAGGCUUAAAAAGAAGCCCUGAGGAAAUAUGAUCACGUUGCUAGAAAUACCAGCUCCACAGGAUUUCGUAAUAAUACCAGCUCCACAGGAUUUCAGAAAGUUUUAAAUAUUGAGACACAAGUUAGCCAGAAAAGUUUUGUGUCAUUGCUAUAGUGUAGACCAUAAACCUGUUGAACAAACUCAUUGCUGUUGAGUCAACUCUGACAUAUAGCGACCCUAUAGGACAGAGUAGACCUGCCCCAUAGGGUUUCCAAGGCUAUAAUCUUUACAGAAGCAGAUUGCCACACCUUUCUUCUGCAGAGAGACUGGUGGGUUCGAAUGGCUGAACUUUUGGUUAGCAGCAAAGCACCAUCAGGACUCCUAGCAUAGGCCUUAAAACUGGGUAAUUUCAUCAGAGCUCCCGGCUCAGGAUCUGAUACCUAAGAGCAAGAUGUGUCACUGAAUCUGCCCCGGGACACAGGUUUCACCUAGUACUUCUAACCAGAUUUUUCAGGCUGGAACCCUGGGACAUGGGACUUACUGCUUCUAGAGGGACAGGGUGGUAUUUUCAAUAAAGGAUAACACUUCCCAUUCCUGCCUCGUAUAAAACGGGAAGGUAAUCUGCUUUGCUGACAGUACACACCUGGAGCUUACUGUUUUCUGUUGUGAACACAGAUACAAUAGAAAUGAUAGUGGGUAUGGUUGGAAAAAGAAAUGGAGGGGAUAUUCUUGGUUGUUGGUAUAAGUUUCUCUAAAAAUGGCAUCAGUUGCUAUAGGGAGACUGCAGUAGGACUGGUGGCAUCAGAAUAUGCUGGGGCCAAAGCUCAGAACAGCACGGUAGGCCUAUGCUCUUGAUAAACCAUAGCCUUAGAGUAUGUCUGUCUGAUAUUUUCUGUCUAAUGAAUGAAGUAAGAUGAGGAGGAGGAAGGCUUGAUUUAGGGGAGCAACAUAAACUGAAACAGGGAUUCAGGCCCCUAAGUGCAUCCUGCAGAAAGAUGUUUAUGGAGCCCCUGCUCUGGAGCCUGUAUUCAGGGGGAGAGAUCUUGUGAAGGGCACGGGGCUUCUUCUUCAGGCUACCAGCAGAAGGUUUCUAUAGCCCUUUGGGACUUAGACUUUGGUCUUAAAGAAUUAAAACUAGUUCAUGAUCUUUCCCUAUAAACAAUUUUCCCAAUCUGACUUUCUUCUGAAUGAUGAAAUGAUGGUCCCAUCAUUUCAUAGUCUCUCAAGAUCAAAACCUCACUUCUCCUUGCUUCAUCAUUCUUCCUGAGUAGCCAGUCACCAUAUAUUUUGUUAUAAGUUACUUCCAUCCUGUUCACACUUCCAUGGCCCUGGUCUGAUUGUGAAUGCCAUAGCCAAAAACGUAACACAAAUCAAUGUGAUACUCAGUUAAUCUAGCAAAUAACAAAAA